AUGGCUGGCGAGUCGUGGGACACUGUGAAGGCAAGAGCGAAGGGCCUCAAGUCUGAUAUCGACACGAAGAUGCAGGAGCUCGGGCGGCUCAACAAAAGAUUGGGCUCUACCUCUUCGGAGUCGCCUGGAGACCGUGUGCACGGCCUUGAGGGUCAGAUCCAGCUCGUGGUCAGCCUACGGGAGGAGGUCGAGCGUGGGUUGACCAACCUGGAGGCAGCCAGCGAAGCGAUGGGCCGCGCUGCUGCCACCAGCGCCCAGGCAGCGCAGGCGGCGAGGUUCCGCGAGACCCAGCAGGAGAUGAAGCGGGACUUCAAGCGGGUGGCGGAGAGCAUCGAACACCAGUACCAGCCGGGGCUCUUGCCGAGGGGCCGUGGCGGCAUCGGCAAGUCGCUGGAUGAGAUCAUCGGUCAGGCGUCAGCGACGCACCAGAUGCUGCAGGGCCAGAGGAAGACGCUGACCGAAGCGAACUCCAAGGUCGGCACCAUAUCCUCCUUAUUCCCGGGUCUUAACGGCCUCAUCGACAAGAUUAGCGAUCGCCAGAACAAGAUUAAUUUCUCUGCGCACGCAGAGCGGAACUUCGUCUUCGCGCCGCCAGCCCCACGGCCGCUGCCCGUAGUCGUGGUGACGGGGUUCCUGGGCAGCGGGAAGACCACCCUCGUAGAGAAGCUGUACAGCUCGCGGGCCAACCUGCGGAUCGCUACCAUCGCCCACGACCUUGCGCCCAGUCUCAACGUGGACGCGGAGCUGCUUGCCACCGUGGGUUCUGGAGCACUGCGCCGGACCGAAGCCGCCGUGGGCGAUGGGGACGUGCUGGGCCUCGGAGGCUGCGUAUGCUGCCCCGACUUCGACGAGGCGCUGCGACGGGCUGUGAAGUGCUCUUUGAAGGAGGGUGUGGACGAGGGCUCCUUGGACUACCUCGUCCUCGAGACAAGCGGUGCGUCUGAUCCAAGGAGGCUGGUCGCGAUGCUGGAAAAGCGUUUCGGCCCGUGCACGCGUGCGCGGCUGGAUCACGUGGUGACGGUCGUGGAUGCGGAAAGAGCGGCCGACGCGGGGGAAGGUUGGCUCGCUGUUCCGGGCAGGGCAGAUCCAGAGUCCCAGUUGCAGCUAGCGCAGCUACUGGCGGCCGACAUUAUCUUGUUGAACAAGGCUGACCUUGUCGACGGCGUCGCUCUCAACACCGUCGAAGCGAGACUGCGGGAGCUGUUCCCUGACGCCCGGCUCUUCAGCUGCCAGUACGGCCGGGUUCCGAUUUCCGAUUUGCUGGAAGUGUUCGUCUCAUCAGCCGAUGCGGCAGCGGUAUCUCACGAGGCGGUGCUGGCACAAGCGACGCUAUCUGUGCCGCAGUGCAUGGAGCCCUUGCGGAGGAGCAUCUCGGACACACAGCAAGCAUCUGCCUCGCUUGCUCCACUUGGGGGCGGCCAUGCAGUUGGGCACAAAGUCGUGGAGUGGUCCAGCAGAGAGAGCCGCGGAGUUUCCCUGGCGAGGCUGCAGCAGUUUCUUCUGUCCGACUUGCCGCGGUGGCAGCGUAGCCUGCGUCGGGGCAAGGGCUUCCUGCAUGUGCAGGAGGAUUCCGAUGUGCGCUGGGAGUGGCAGAUGAGUGGCCGGCUGCGGUACUGCAUCCGGAGGCAUCCUAGAGAGUCAUGUGCCCCGCUGCUACGCAGCUUUCUCGUCCUGAUACGCUGGCCCAGAUUUCCCAACGCGGAGCUGGCGAAGGCGCGCGCAGCGCUCGAGGCCCUGGAGGAGCCUCCUCCCGAGCACGGCGAGGCCGCCCAGGCAGAGCAGGCCGAGGUCGCGCUGGCAGCCGCCGCUGCCGAGGUCCGCGAGGCGUGCGCGCCCUUGGGCAUGGAGGAGCUCGCCGCACCGGAGCGCACCAGCGCGCACUCGGGGCACGCCUUGCGCGGCGCCUCCGUGGUGCGCUUCCGGCUCACCGGGCGCGCGCAUUUCGGCAUCCCAGAGGACGUCGACCUUGCCGCGUCGCCGUAUUGCAUAGAUCUUGACGCCAUGUGGGAGCUCGCGCGCCUCGUCAGCGCCAGCAAGGGCGCCCCCUUCCUGGCCUGCGGCGCGGCCCGCGACCCGCGGCGGGGAGGCGCGCCCGCCCUGGCGCUCCUGUGGGCCGCCGGCGCUCCCGGCGCGCUUGCCUCGCCGGCAGGGGCGCCAGCCCCGCCGCCCCCGCCUCCGCACCUGGGCACGGUGCUGGCCGUGGUGCGGGCGGAGGCGCCGGCGUUGCUCAAGCGCACGUUCGGCCACGUGACGUCGUGCCUCUGCGGGCAGUGA